CGGAGAAAAUACCACAAAAUUUUUCCUUAUUCUUCGCCUCUUACUCUCCUUCCAAUUCCAGAAAAGACUAGUCGAGCGACGAUCCUCCCGCCGUGUAUAUUAACCAGUGACCCGUCACACACCGAGUGUGAUCAGAUCAAGUCUCCCGCAUUUAUUUCUUCUUCCACAAAGUGACAGUCUCCCAGCCGUCGAUAUGUCUAUCUCCUCCAUCAAAGGACUGCUAUCCAGCUAUUCCCCCGUCUCUGAAUACCACCAACAACACGAUCUGGAGAAAGAAUAUCCACUAUCCCUGCGGCACGAGAGCGAUAGCGAGUCUACCGCCGGCUCAAGCAGCUCAGUAUGUCGGGAAGGGGUGGAGAAGAAGGAGUCGAAACUCAUCGAUGGACGCAUCGUCUCCGACGCCAUCAUCGGCCUCUCCGACGGCAUGACGGUGCCAUUUGCCCUGACCGCCGGUUUAUCGGCCCUGGGCGAUACCAGAGUGGUAGUUUUUGGAGGCAUGGCCGAGCUCAUUGCAGGCGCUAUCUCCAUGGGGUUGGGGGGUUAUCUGGGUGCAAAGAGUGAGGAGGAGUCCUAUCGAGCGACGUUAAAAGAGACCAAAGCAGAGAUUCUGACCGACCCCGCCUCGGUGACUGACACCAUUUCGAAUGUCUUUGCCCCCUAUGAUCUCCCCUCGGAAUUGGUGGGGGAGCUCACACGACACCUCUCCACGUCUCCCAUGCUCCCCUCCUUCCUCAUGAACUUCCAUCAUACCGUUCAGGAGCCGUCCGGGUCGCGAGCCUGGGUGUGUGCCUUGACCAUCGCGUUGGGGUACUUCAUCGGUGGAUUUGUGCCGCUCCUCCCGUACUUCUUCGUCGGGCCGCAUGGUGCCUUCUAUGCCUUGCAAUGGUCAAUUGCGACGAUGGUCGUCGCGCUGUUCCUGUUUGGAUAUGGUAAGACGUGCUUCGUCAGUGGAUGGAGGGGAUCCCGGAAUAUUCGGCGAGGCCUCAUCGGCGGAUUGCAGAUGGUCCUAGUUGGGGGCGUUGCCGCCGGGUCAGCGAUGGGACUGGUGAAGGGGUUCCAGAUGCUGGCGGAUACUCACUAA